AUGGCGGGAGCCGACGGGGCGCAGCAACACCACCCCUGCAGCAUCUGCAUGGAGCCCAUGGCGCCCACCGCGGCGCACCGCGGCGGCGCCGCCUGCGCGCACGCAUUCUGCCCCGCGUGCCUGUCCGGCCACGUCCGCGCCAAGCUCGAGUGCGGCGGCGGCGGCGGUGGCGCCGUGGUGCGGUGCCCCGACGCGUCCUGCGCUGCCGCGCUCGAUCCGGAGCUCUGCCGCGGCGCGCUCCCCUCCGAGGUCUUCGAGCGCUGGUGCGCCAAGCUCUGCGAGUCCCUGUUCCUCGGCGCGCGCCGCACCUACUGCCCGUUCCCGGACUGCUCUGAGAUGAUGGUGGCCGACGACGACGGCGAGGAGUGCGUGACCCAGUCCGAGUGCCACGGGUGCCGGCGGCUCUUCUGCGCGCGGUGCGGGGUGCCGUGGCACGCCGGCGUGACCUGUGAGGAGUUUGCGCGGCUCGGUGAGGGGGAGCGCGCGCGGGAGGACCUGCUGCUUGUGAAGGCCGCCCGGGAGGGCAACUGGAAGCGUUGCCCGCGCUGCAGGUUCUAUGUCGAGAAGUCCAGUGGCUGCCUGCACAUUACCUGCAGGUGCGGGUAUGAGUUUUGCUAUGGAUGCGGUCAGCAAUGGCAGCUGAUACAUGACGGCUGUCCUGGGGCAUGA